ACUGGAGUACAAGCGCGGCGUCCUGUUGCGUGAUAUCCCGCAGCUAACCUCUGGAAACCAAACUAUCUGUGUUCACUGACCGUCAGCAGCUGAACGCCCAAGACAAGUGCGCUGCGCUGUGUUGAUCCUGGAGGAGGGAGGGAGGGAGGAAAGCAAGAGCAGGAAUAAAACUUAAUUCAUGCUUUAUAUUUGAUACCCGCUUGCUGCAUCGGAGUCACCAAUGAUGAUGAAUUUUAUCCUCAUCUGCCUGCUAUGUGGAUUGUACGGUGUUCUUGCAAGAGAUAAAGACCAAAAGGGAAAGUACAGCGUCCCUAUUCUGGAUGUGAAAACCCGGCACCUGGUCGUGGACAUCAAUCAGACACUACUACUCGGCUGCAGGGGUCGCUGGGAGUUGUCAUGGGCUUUUCCAUCGGGUUUUGCCAGAGAUCAAGUGCAAGUCGAGGAGACCCGCUGUGGGAGGACGAGCCAGCAGUACUGCAGCCUUGUGACGGUGAGCCACAGUCAGGCCAAGCACACCGGCCUGUUCCGCUGCAGAUACCGGCGCCGACCCCGAAGACAGACCUCCAUCUACGUAUAUGUCACAGACAGCCAGCAGCCAUUUGUGGACCAUCCGGGUAUGAGCCCAGAUGUGUUGUACAUGAAGGAGAAGCAGCCGCUGGUCAUCCCCUGCCGGGUCACCCACCCAAAUGUCACCACCACACUGGUCAAGUUCCCCAGCCACAGCCUGAGUCCAGACCAGAGGAACAUCAUUUGGAACAGCAAACACGGCUUCACCAUCCGCACUCCCACCUUCUAUUACAUCGGCCUCUUCUACUGCCAGACGGUCACUGAUGGCAACAUACACAAAUCACGUAUAUACUUUGUCCACAGACCAGUGAGUAACAUCAUGGAUGUGUAUCUGAACAGCAGUGACCCUGUGCAGCACCUAAAGGGCGAGCGACUGGUCUUGAACUGCACUGCCACCGGGGAGUUGAACACCAGAGUCAACAUCACCUGGGACUAUCCAGGAAAGAACAACAACACCGGCUUGAUUUCUAAGAGGCUCCUGAAACACAGAACGCACAUGUUGUUCUACAGCAUUCUGACCAUCCCGAAGCUCCAGCAUUCAGACCGAGGCCUGUACACGUGCCGCGUGACCAGCGGUGAAAAUACCAAACAACAGAAAGUCAAUGUUACCAUCUAUGAUCGUCCAUUUAUUCGUCUGAAGCCCAGACGUGGAUCUGUGAUGGAGGUACAGGCGGGAGAGAAAUCUUACAGAAUCUCUCCCAAACUACGAGCGUUCCCUGACCCUGAAGUCAUCUGGUUGAAGGAUGGCAUGGUGGCAGCAGAGCAGUGCUCCAGAUACCACAUGGAUGGGAAUUCCCUGGUGAUCCGGGAUGUAGCAGCAGAGGAUGCUGGGAAGUACACCGUCCUGGUACGAAUCCAGGAACAUGAACUCUACCAGAAUCUCACAUUCACACUUCUGGUCAAUGUGAGUCCUCAGAUAGGGGAGAAAGCGGUGUCGUUGCAGGACCCGGGUCUAGUGCCACGAGGGAGCAGACAAACCCUUCACUGCACGUCACACGGGGUCCCCCCUCCACACAUCCAGUGGCUCUGGCAUCCCUGCCCAUCCAAAGGCCUGUGCGUGUGUCCAGUGUCCUCCUUGCUAUGGAGCCCUGUGACAGAAAGAGUCCCCGCAGCAUCCACAAGCAACCACAUCCUGAGCGUUACUCACAGACAGGAAGUGCUUCAGGGGAAGAAGAAGACCGUGGGGGUCCUGACUGUAGCAGAGGCCUUAGUGUCUGGAGUAUAUCGCUGCGUUGCCUCCAACUCUGCAGGCAUGGACCAGCUAGAUGUUCACUUCUACAUCACAGACGUCCCUGGAGGCUUCAGCGUAAGCCAGAGGGAGGAACCCAGAGAGGGUGGAGACCUCCAUCUCACCUGUGUAGCAAAUAAGUACCUGUACACAGCCCUGUCGUGGCAAAGGGUGAAUGACACCGAGGGCGCCCAGUCCGCCGGCGCCAAGCUGAGUCGUCAGCAGCUCACAUCAGGCGAGUUCUCCAACUCUCUGGUCCUGUUGAUAAAGAACCUGACAGCCCGAGACUCUGGAGCCUACAGAUGCUCCGCCCACCACCCCGUCACCAGACAGGAGACACACCUGGACACACAGGUGGUGGUCACAAUUUUGAAACCUCCUGUGCUGCUCAGUAAUUUAACGGAUUGGGCUGUCAACGUUAGCAGCUCGGUGAUCCUUAGUUGUCCCUCCCAAGGUGUCCCACCCCCAACCGUCACAUGGUACAAGGACCAACGUGCUCUGUCACAGGGAUCAGGUAUUGUAAUAUCACCAGAGGACGGGACCCUCCAUAUUGAUCGAAUCACAGUGGAGGACCAGGGCCUGUAUACAUGCCAGGCCACCAACCAGAGGGGAUCCGUGGAGAGCUCUGCCUAUAUAUGGGUCAAUGGUGCCUCAGAGGCCUCAUUUCUGGAAAUUCCCACACUCACUUGCACAUGUGUGGUGGCCACUCUCUUGUGGCUUUUGCUCACGCUCUUCAUACGCAAACUGAAGCAGCCCGGCAACUCCAACACCAAAGCAGAAUACCUGUCAAUCAUCCUGGACACAGGAGAGGGGCCCAUAGAGGAGCAGUGUGAGAGACUGCAAUACGACCCCAACCAAUGGGAGUUCCCCCGGGAGCGGCUCAAACUAGGGAAACCUUUGGGCCGUGGAGCCUUUGGUAAAGUGAUGCAGGCGUCUGCGUUUGGUAUAGACAGCACCACCGGCUGCAGCACUGUGGCUGUUAAGAUGCUCAAAGAGGGAGCUACAGCCAGCGAACACAAGGCUCUGAUGACUGAACUCAAGAUCCUCAACCACAUUGGACAUCAUCUGAAUGUAGUGAACCUUCUGGGUGCCUGCACCAAGCCCGGAGGACCAUUGAUGGUCAUUGUUGAGUACUGCUGCUAUGGAAAUCUCUCCACUUUCCUGAAGGGCAAGAGAGAAGUGUUUGUGCACAACACAUUGGCUGGAGGAAAGACUGGAGGGUCAGGCUUUGUCUGCAGCCUGUCUGACAGCCAGAGCAACACGAGAACCAAAUGUGAUGAGAGAGACGAAAAUGACAAUCACUCGGAUCCCAAAUCUGCCUCCAACUCUCCUUUAUUCCUUGAGGAUCUCAUCUCCUUCAGCUUCCAGGUGGCACGAGGGAUGGAGUUUCUGGCCUCUCGCAAGUGUAUUCACCGAGACCUGGCAGCCAGGAACAUUUUGCUUUCUGACAAUAAAGUGGUCAAGAUCUGUGACUUCGGCCUGGCCAGAGACAUCUACAAAGACCCCGACUACGUCCGCAAGGGAGAUGCUCGCCUCCCUCUUAAGUGGAUGUCUCCAGAGUCUAUCUUUGACAAGGUGUUCACCACCCAGAGUGACGUGUGGUCUUAUGGCAUCCUGCUGUGGGAGAUCUUCUCUUUGGGAGCUUCCCCGUACCCUGGUCUUCACAUAGAUGAAGACUUCUGUCACAGGCUGAAGGCAGGAACAAGGAUGCGAGCGCCUGAGUACAGCACCCCCGAGAUUUACAGCACCAUGCUGGCGUGCUGGGAGGCCAGUCCCUCAGAUCGACCCACCUUCACUAACCUGGUGGAGACCCUGGGAGACCUGCUGCAGGCAAGAGUUCAGCAGGAUGGGAAGGAUUACAUUCCUCUGGGAUCUUUCAAGAGUGGGGACACCGGUCGCAGUGAGACCUUCAAAGAAAACCCGCUUGCAGUCACAAACUUGAGUUACAUGAGGGGAAUGGACACACUUCAGGUUUUUGAGGAACUGCCCUGCGAGGAGCCAGAAAGCCCAGACGACGAGCAGAGUGACAGCGGCAUGGUCCUGCCAUCUGAGGAGCUGAAGCACCUGACGUGGAGCGACGACACCAGGAACUGCAGACUCAGCAGGUUCUUCACCAAGUGCCGGGACAACCAGGUGCCUUUCCUGUGCAGUGACGUCACUGGUCUCCGUGACGACGAGCCAUCGAUCUUGCCGUGUGAUUGGGAGUCUGACGUGGACGGCUCACCUCCUCCUGACUACAACUCCGCUUUUCUCUACCCCUCCUUCUAGCAUCUGCUCUCGCCCAACUCCACGCCAGGUGUACACGUAAAAGUAUUUUUCUUCUAAUCAUGUUUAGCCAAUCAGAACUUUGCUGUUCGCUACCUCACCA